UGGAGAUUAAUACACGUACAUGACUGCUUUAUUUAACUAUGGGAGCAAUUAGUGACACGCCUGAAAACAAGGAAACUGCAUGUGGCAAAGAAUAACUCCACCCCUGAUCAUAUAUUUUGGAUUAUCUUCAAGCAUAGGGGGACUUGAUGAUGAUAACGCAUACUAAAUACUGAGCAGAAGAGAUACAACAGGAAACAGGAGUCUAGUGAACUGUAGAUACCGUACACUAAUAAUAUAGACGUUGGAACUGAUUCAUACUCAACAUGGGGAAGAAACAUAGCAAAUUAACAUCACAGGAUUUAGAUGAUUUAAAGAAAAAUACAUAUUUUACAGAAAAAGAACUUUUACAAUGGUACAAGGGAUUCAUCAAAGAUUGCCCCGAUGGGAUGCUGACGGAAGAGGGUUUCAACAGCAUGUACAAGCAGUUCUUUCCACUAGGAGAUGCCAAAGACUUUGCCACUUUUGUAUUUAAUGUGUUUGACCAAAAUAAGAAUGGAAGAAUAGAAUUCAAAGAAUUUAUGUAUGCAUUAUCUGUCACAUCAAGGGGAAACGUGGAAGAAAAACUAGAAUGGGCAUUCCGUCUUUAUGACUUGGAUAGUGAUGGCAAUAUAACAAGGGACGAGAUGCUGGCUAUAGUUUCAGCAAUAUACAAGAUGGUAGGGAAAGGUGUAAAACUUCCAGACGAGGAGAGUACGCCGGAGAAACGCGUGGAUAAAAUCUUCCGAAUGAUGGAUAAGAAUCACGAUGACAUUCUUUCACUGGAGGAAUUCAAAGAUGGAUCCAAAAAAGAUUCAACAAUCACACAGGCGUUGUCAAUAUACGAUGGACUUGUGUAAUGACUAUAAAUGUUUUUUAAACCGAUCACUC